AUGUCUUCAAGCAGUAGUUCCCUCGAGAUUUCGUCCCUCGGGGCAUUGUUUAUUUUUGGCCUGCUUUGGAUCGUGGUCAUCGGCAUAUUCCCAUUGCUAGCGCUUGCGCAUGCUUCUCCAAGCAGGGAGCCGAAAGGAUGCCGGCGACUGGGCCUUUCUCCAGGACAAAGCAACCUGGCCGAUGAAUAUGACAAGAAAUACAAUGAGGGUGUGCCUAGCGACCACAAAGACGACAAUGGUCUCCCCGCUUGGCGCGUUAAGGCACUCUUCACCUACCCGAUCAAAUCAUGUGGCGGCAUCGAACUACAAAAGUCCGAGGUCGUGGGUACAGGCCUGAAAUUCGAUCGCCAAUUCGCCUUUGCAGAGGAGACGUCGGAUGGAUGGAACUGUCGUACCCUGCGUAAUGCUGGAUUCCAACGUAUGGCUCUCAUCCACACGGAGAUCUGGGUUCCCGACCCUUCGUCGCCAGAGUAUGACGACCGCCGCCCGGAGAUGCAGUCAGACGGCGUGAUGGUCAUUUCAUAUCCACGAGUUGCACCAUCAGGGCCUCUAGGGCUCAUCGUCAGAAUUGGCAUGGCCAUCCGACUCCUCGGCUCCCGGCUUUCAUUCCAGGUUCCUCUCGUCCCAUCCAAGGAUAGCAAGUACCCUGUGAUCCCAGUCAAAAUCUGGAAAGACAAGCCUCUCGCAUACGACUACCGCAGUCUACUCUCACCUUCCCUGCACGCCUAUCUCGGCUUUGAUCCAUCAAAGUCUCCUUUGAGCCUCUUCCGCGCCCACCCAUCCCACAACCGGGAGAUCUUCCGCAAUGCGCCCCGCAAAGAGCAAAUCGGCUUCCAGCCCAACACCGCCUUUGCAGACGCUUACCCAAUUCACCUCCUCAACAUCACCAGCCAUCGAGAUGUUGCUACGCGCUGUGCAGACGUAAUCCCUCGCUUGAGCAUCAGGCGGUUCCGCGCGAAUAUCAUCGUUCAGGGCCCGGAGGCUUUUGCGGAAGAUCAUUGGAAGAGGAUGAUGGUUGGGGAGACGGAGAUUUAUGCUGCUUGUCGCACUGUGAGGUGUCGACUGCCGAAUGUGGAUCCUGAUACGGGGGAGCGCGACAAGGCAGAGCCGGAUCGUACGUUGAAGGCAUAUCGACGGGUUGACGAGGGCGAUCCCACGAAUGCGUGUCUGGGGCUGCAACUUGUUCCUGCUGUUGAGGACUGUUGUGUUGCUGUUGGUGAUGAGUUGCGUGUUUUGGAGACUGGGGAGCAUCGUUAUAUCAAGAUGCUAGCGCCUGGGGAGAAGGUUGAGGGUGUAUGA